AUGUUCAGAUUUUUCAAGUAUAUACUUUUUGCUAAUAUAUUCUUUAUUUCUUUAAAUGCAAAUUGUUGUCAUGUCGAAACUAUUGGAUCUAAUACUAAAAAUAGCUAUUUAUGGGAAACUGCAGAUGAAUAUUUCAGAAAAUACGAAAAAAAAAUAAUUAGUGCAAAUAAAUUUCUAAUUCAACAAAAAAUUAAUAAAUUAAAAUCAAACAAUGAUACAAGUUUAAUUAGUGAUAUAAAUUUUGCUAUAAGUUUAAUCGAUAUCCUUGCUGAAAGUCUUAGCAAUACCUCAGAUAAAUUCCUAGAAAAUAAUUCAUAUAAUAUAAAUAUUACAAGUUAUUUUGAAAACCAAUAUUUCGAUUUUUUAAGGGAAAUAGACAAUAAUAUCGAAGUUAAUAACUUAAUUUUCAACAACUCUAAGAAUCAGCAUAAAGAACGAAUAUUGCAAUUUUUCCAAAGUAAUGUAAAUGACACAAAAUUUCAAGCACAACAAAAAUUUCCCCCUAAUUCGAAUUACAGUUCAGAAAAUAAUAUUAAAAGUUACUCAAAUCAAAAUAACUAUAAUGGAAAUAAUAGGAAUGGUCUCAUAAACACUCAACAAAAUACAAUCAAGCACUCAAAUCUUUUUGGGAUCCUUAGUGUAACUAACCCUGCAUUUAAAAUGAUUGUUUCUACAGUAUUAAUGUGUUUGGGCAGUACUCCAUAUGGUGCAAUUGCUGUGUUAGUUGUUGUAACUGUAUAUACAUUAAUUGAAAUAGUAAUAAAAUACUUCUACAACAGAACAAAAAAUAAAAAUAUUUUAAAUAGUAUUAAGAGAUCCUCAAACAUGGACAUAAAUCCCAACAUUUCAAGAAACAUAUACAAUCCAAUGAAUAAUUCAGUUCUUUUCACUGAUCAAAUUCCCAAUAACAAAUCAUUCAGAAAUUUAAUGAAAAAAAAUAACAAAAUACCAAAAGGCUUAGAAGGUCUAAUUUAUAAUUCAAUACAGAACAAUCACGAGAACAAUCACCUAGAAAAAAAACUAGAAUUUUUUGUAAAAAAUCUGUUUGAUUAUAUUGUAAUAAACAAAGAAUUAAAGAUUAAGAAAAUAGGAUUUUCUGCUGAAAAUAUAACAAAAAAUAUAUCUGGCAGAUUUAUGAACUCAUUGUUAGAUUUUUUUAUUUACAAUAAUAAAACUAAGAUUGAAAAUAACCAAAAUAAUGUAACCUCGAGUAAUUUAAUUGAUGAAGAACUAUUCCACCAUAAUCACCAGCAAAAUUUAAAUGAUGACUUAAUACCUGAUUGGUACAAAAACGUGUGUACUAUUUAUAUUUCAUUUAAAGAGAAAAAUAGAAUACUUAUUGAGAGAGAAAGUGAUAAUUGGGUACCAAUUAAUAACUUAUUGAAGCCUAAUAAUGAAUAUUUAUUUGAUUUGAAUGAUGGAAUUGUUGAAAUUGAUAAUAUUUUAAAUAUUGAAACUGGAUAUAAAACCUCUUCAUUUACCAAUAGUUCAAAUUAUAAUGAAAAUUUUGAUAGUAAAAACAUGUCUAUGGUGAAAAAAAAUGAAUACAAUAUAUUAAGUGACCACAAUAAUUUUCUUGGCCAUCACAACAAUACUGAGAAUAAAUGGUAUGAUAGAAUGAUUAAGUAUUCAAUACAGAGUUAUAGACAAAAUGGGAUCAGAGGAGUAAUUACAAUGAUACUAGACAUUUUUUCUGCAAUUUUUAGUGCUACUCCAAUUGGUUAUUUACUAAUUACUUUGAUCAGAUUGAUUGCCUUUAUGACAGAUAAGUUACUUUUGUUAUCCAGAAGCAGAAAGAAUCAACACCAAUUAACGAGGUUACUAUUAGAAAUACCUGAAAUAUUUAAUGAAGACAAAUUAUCUAUUACCUUAAAAGAAAUUGGUUCUAUUGAGACUGAGUGCAAUAAACAAGAAAAAAUGCUGAUUAAUCUUUAUAUAAGCUUUAUUAGAUUUUUACGAAAUUUUAAUCCAGGAAUAAAUCUGCCAACACUUAAUAAAGAAAUCACUAAAUUUAUCGAGAUUGUCAAAAAUAAAAAUAAUUUCAUUAAGGAAUAUUUAAAUAAUUACAAAAAUCCUAAAUCCGAAUAUUUAUCAGAAUUAAGAAGCCUUUUAUAUUCAAAAAAAUUUUCUGAUACUAAUUACUCUGAAGAUUGGACAUUGAAUGAAAAAAGCGAAGAGGAUUAUGAAACAACUUUUAAAAAAACGAAUGAAAUAAAAAAGGACGUAAAAAACAUUGAAAUUACUUCAAAAGUAAUAAAAGAAACAAAAUAUAUUGGGAAAAGUAAGGAUAAUACUAACACUGCUAAAAACUCAUUUCAAAAUAUGAUUGGAGGACUAAAAAGUUUUCUUUUGAACUUAUUCAAGAGUAUAUUUGGUGGAGCAGGAGAACUGUGGGAAUAUAUUAAAGGAUUACUUUCACGUAUUAUUGACUUCAUCAAAACUCUAUGGGACUUAGUAAGAGGUGAGAAAAAGAAAAGAAUGUUAAUUGAGUUAUUAGAAGAACUACCCGAUGAAUCUGUAGUUCACUCGAACUUGUUUAUGGAUAUUAUCAAUAUUCUUAGGGAGGAAUAA